AUGGCAUUGAUCAAAAAAAAAAAAACAAACUGAUGAUUAAAAAUUGUUUUAAGAGCUCGUUGUCCUCUAUUUAGGCAUCUUAUCAUUAUUGGGCAACCCACGUGUCGUAUCUAAAUGCACAUCAAUUUUUGGUGUAAACGAUUCACAUCCGCGAGACGAUCUCUUCAUUCGUUCUCAAGGGUAAACGAUAAACGUUACCGCAACAAGUGUGCGUCGGUCUAGGGCGCGUGUCCCAGCCGUCGGCGACGUUUCGCGCCAAUUCGCCCGCAGUGGUGGGAAAAACUUCGCGCGAGCGGGACACGGGUCGCUCUAGCGGACGGCGGACUAUCCGCGAUCGCAGUAGCUACGCAAUACGCGAUUUUAAACUUACAAAGUAGCCCUAAUAAUGCAUCACAUUCCGACGAAAUCGAUAACCAUAUUAAUCAGUGAUUUAUACGCAAUACUUGAUGAUGUUUAAAUGAAAUAAAAUGGUGUACAAACAUGUAUAGUUAUUAGGAGAUUGUUUCCAAUAUGAGUGAGGAAAACGUAACGGAGACGGGGACAGAUCCCACAGGUGCGGCGCCCCAUCGGUCUCCCACACCGGAGUUGCACGCAACUUACACGUCUCUGGAACUGCUCGUCGCAUUGGUGGCGGUCAUUGGAAAUGCCAUGGUGAUCCAUGUGUUCCGUCGCGACAGGCGAUUGCGUCGGCGAACUAAUUACUACAUAGUGUCGUUGGCUAUCGCGGAUUUGUUAGUCGGUAUGCUGGGUAUACCGUUCGCGAUAUUGGCGUCAGUGGGACUGCCGAGAAACCUCUACGCUUGUUUGUUCACCACGUCGCUUCUGGUGAUGCUAUGUACAAUAAGCAUCUUCUGUUUGGUGGCAGUUUCCGUAGACCGCUACUGGGCCAUCCUCCAUCCGAUGUGCUAUUCGAGGAACGUGCGCACGAAGACAGCGAUUCUUAUAAUAUCAGCGUGCUGGGUGGCCGGUGGUGGCGUUGGGCUGCUGCCUCUCUUCGGGUGGCACCGGGGGGAUGACCAGCACUCCACGCCUGGGUGCUACUUCGUGGAGGUCAUGGACUACAACUAUCUGCUAUUCCUGUACUUCGCCACCAUCGUCACGCCGAGCGUGGUUCUGGCGGCGUUCUACGCACACAUAUACAGAGUGGUCGUUAAACAGAUGAGUGCGGUAGUUACAGUCGAAGGAUGUCACGGUCGAGGCACCAUGCUACGGGUACUGGGGGCUGCCCAGAAACGAGAGGUCAAGGCUACUCAAAAUCUGGCAAUCAUCGUCUUUUUCUUCAUAGUCUGCUGGAUACCACUCUACACGAUCAACGCGAUCAAGGCUUUCAUGCCAGAAUUGGACAUUCCCAAUCCACUCACUUACUUUUGCAUAAUUUUUUCACACCUAAACUCAGCAGUGAAUCCUUUAUUAUAUGCAUAUCAUUUAAAAGACUUUCGUGCAGCCCUAAAAGGGCUUAUUUGUACGAUAUUCGGAAGAGGAGUUCCAUUACCUGCGGCGUACAGACCACCAGUUCCGAUAAGAAGACCAGCUUUGGAGAGAUGUAAUGCUUUGAGGGAGAGACCGAAAGUGUAUGUCAAUUCUCCAGUCUGGCUGAGACAGAAAGAAGCUGAAUUAGUCGCGAAUCAGGAUAAGAGUAAGGCUGGAAAUGCAUCCGCAGUAAAUCCAGAUCUAGAACCGUUUUUGAAUAGAAGCGUAAAUGAUAAUUCCAGUGGAAGACAUACUCCAGAGUGCCGUGAAGGCAAUAACGGUCCAUAUCUAAUAGAAGCUAGUCAAAUAGGAUGCCAAAGUCCAUAUAAAAAAGUGGAGAAAUUUAUUCGGAGAGUGCGUAGCGUCAAUUCAGAUCAUAGCUGACAUGAGGCUAGCCGGGUACCCUCGGCUUACAGUGUGGCAUAAAGAAAGCUUUAAUUUUUGUUAAGUACGUACAGACUUUGUACCUAUAUAUUUAUUUGAACCUAUUUAAGAAACUAAUCAUAAGAUAUUUAAUUGUACAUUUGAAAUAUUUUUUGUUACAUUCUUUUUAGAUAAGAUUAUAAGGAGAGCGUCUAUUGAUGUAAUUACUGAAAUUGAAUGUAUUGAGAUUAAAUAAAUUAAUGUAUUUAUGUCAUGUGAUUUACAUGAUAAUGCUUUGGAAUUAAAAAUACAUGUAUG